UGUUUCUAGAAGAUAAAUGAGCCGCGCCAUGACAAAACCAACGUAAUGCGUUUGCGACCAGCUUGGAUCCAGACCAGCCUGCGCAUCCGCACAGUCUGAUCAGGAUCCAUGUUGUUCGCUAUCAGUUUCUCAACUUGAUUGUAAGCGAACAGCAUGGAUCCUGAUCAGACUGUAAGCGAACAGCAUGGAUCCUGAUCAGACUGCGCGGAUGCUGGCCGUAAACGCAUUAUGUUGAUUUUGUCGUGACGCGGCUCAAAUUAUUACUCGUCAUUUGAAUGUUUAAAAUCUAUUGUUUGUUAUUAUAAAAUGUUAAGGUGUACAAAAGUGUUUGUUUUGUUUAUAUGUAUACAUUAAUAAUUGAGUUUUCAAUGAAUUUAGAUAACCUAAUUAAGUAUGUCACAAAGCGUAAAACGUAAACAAGUUAGUAAUUAAUCAAGCAGUUUAAUUGUCAAAAUCAUAAAGUUCAACAAAGUUGAACGAACUAUUUGUAUAAGUACAGUUCAUCUUAAAGUACUUUUGACAUCAAAAACAAGCUGGCCGUGUCGAUGCAAUUGUUGUAAACAUAUUUAUGUCCUCAUUGGUUUUGUCAGUUAUUGUCAUUUCUCUGUCACUUACAUUGAGAUUUUAACAGAAUAAAGAUAUUAACUCUUUCACAAAAAGCAACAACAUAACAAGAUGGCAGACAAAAAGCCCGACAAAAAUUCUGAAAAUGAAAAGAACUUCAAACUGACGGAAUAUUUCCAUAAUCUACUCAAAAGACGAAUUAAUUUUCGUUUAACAAAGAAAGAAAUGUGUGACAUAAUUUGCAGUGUCGACUUUGUAGUUGAAACUUUGGUGGCUACUAUUUCGUCAAAGGUGGGAUGGCUCCAGUUUUCACGUGUCGUCAGAGUAGGAAGUAUGGCUGAAGAAACAAGUGUAGGUCACCCGAAUGAAUUUGAUUACCUAGCUAUUCUAAAAAUAGAAGCAAAUGGUGUGCAAGUCGAGAGAGCAUGUGAGAAAAACAGAGGAUAUGCUCAUGUUAAAAUCAUAGAUCCGGGUUUGAAAACCAUUUGGGCAAAGUGGAUGGAUGGUGAAUAUCUAAAGAGCAAUUUUACGAGAGGUCAUUCUGACUGGUUAAGUGGUUAUUUUGAUACCUUAGGAAACGCAUUUAGAGAGGAAGUGUGUAACUUCAUGCAAAAUGAUAAACUCGCAUGUAAAACUGAUAUUGGGGAAAUCGAAACAGAUUCGUUUUUUAACUUCCAUGUCAAAAAACACGGUCCAGCGUUUACUCCUAAAUUUCGUUGGAAAUCCAAUCGCAGUGGUGAGAUAAUUACGAUAGGAGUUGACAUAACACCUGCAAUAGAGGUAGAACUUACGCCUGACAUCAUUUCCGAAAAAGAUACAUAUGAUCCGCUUUUCUUCAGGAAGGUGAAGGAGAAUGGAAAAGUCAUGCUGAUUUCUUGUCGCGAAAAGGCGUCUUGUGAUGCAAAGCAAUGCAUGUGUUUGGUAUUUACCGAAACUGAAGUUGAAUUGGUGCGGAGUAUGGGACAGCACCAUAAAGAUUGCUACAAACUUUUGAAAUAUAUUUUCAAUGGUGGUAAUGGCUUUACAUUCCUCCCUUCAUAUGCAUUGAAGACACUCGUCCUUAAGCAUAGCUGUCAUUGUGAAGAGGAAGAGAAUCUAGCAGUUUGUUUCAAAACGUUAGUAGCCUCAUGUUUACACUAUCUGUUUAACCGAAAAGCGGAAGAAGAAAAAAUUGAACCAAGCAGAUUGGCAAGAGUUUUCAUGCCAGGAGACAGAUUUUCCCUAAAUAUCCCGAGCAUCUUUUUUGGAAAGCAUAAUAUUCUAAGAGGCAAAAUUUACAAGUUUCCAUGCGAACAGUUUUUGCAGGAAAUAGAAAUGAUGUUAGAGUCAAUUGACAAUAUCAGCUGUAGAGAAACGGCAGAAGUAGAUGAUAAAAGUUUGAGGAUAGUAAACAGUAGAUCAACUGGCGCAGAGGCUUUUGUAUCAACAUUACCGAAACUUUUACCAUUUGUUAGAAAGAGCACAGAAUUGACCAAAUGUGUCGAGUGUCACAGAAACUACUUUAACGUGAAGAUAUUAUAAUUGAAAUGAGACCCUUCAAAGUACGG